AUGAAACCAAAUAUUUAUUUCUCAACUCUACUUUAUAUAUUUAUUCUUCUCAUAAGUUCUUCAUAUCAAACAGAAGUAUAUUAUACCAAGACAGAUGCCAUUUUAACCGAUCCCAAUUUUGAUUAUCAUAUAAUUGAUACUGUAAAGAUUACCUCUACAGUCAUAAAUCCAACAGAUUAUGAAGUUUUGAAUAAUACUGCUUUCAGAAUUUCAAUAACUCCUGACAAUCUAAAAAGAUUGGGAGAAUGGAUUACUUUAUAUUCUAAUAAUGACCCAACACAACAAGUUAGAUGGAUACCAUUUAUUUUAUCAUCGAUCAGUAGUGUUCCAACAGAAGGAGGUAUUCUUACAAUAAAUGGAUAUUUUAUUAAUAAUAAAGUUAUUUUUUUUUUUAUCGGUCAAUUCCAAACAACUCCUACCAAUGCAACAAUAGAUUCAGCUCUAAUUCUCAUGCCACAAUUAAACGAUUCAUCUUCAAUUUAUAAUAUAAAUUCUAAAAUUACAGUUGGUUCAUAUAUGUUUCCUAGUUUUUUAUGGAGUGUUAAAGAUCCGACUAUUUCCUCUGUAUCUUUGAAUAAUAGAUUAAUCAUUAAUGGUAGUAGUUUUGGUCCAAAUAAAGAUUGGAUAAGAUGUAAUGUUGCUGGAUAUCAUACACCUUCUGUUCUUCCAAUUGUUGAGUUUACCAAACAUACUGGUGUAAUUUUAGAUAUUUCUUCAUUGGCAAAUGAAUUCAAAUUUGCUGGAUUGAAACUAUUAACAUUGACUGUUAAUGAUCCAUUUAGUAAUAUUUCUAGAUCUACAACAUAUAACAUCCCAAUUGUACCAAUAAUUACUAAAACAACAUCUACAUCAAGUGAUCUGGGUGGACCUGUUACAAUUUCAGGUGAUUUAUUCAAUUCAGUUAAUUCUUUUGGUUUUAAAACAAUCAAAUCUAUUCAAAUUGGAUCACAAUCAUGUUUGAAUCCUGUUGAUCUAUUCGUCAAUAGUGGCUCAUUCAUUUGUCAACUUGGACCAAUUUCAAAGAUGUCAAACAUUGAACAAUUCACAAAUAUUCCAAUUUUAGUUACAAUUGAUGGAGCAACAUCAAUCAAUUCAAAUAUAAUAUUUAAUUAUGAUGCUCCAUCAAUUUCAAAUAUCUAUCAAAAUGGAAGUAAAAUAUAUUUUGAAGGUGAACUCUUGGGAUAUUCAUCUCAAAUUUCAAAAACAUUGAUCUUUGUUUCCAACACAACAAUGAUAAACAAUUCAUUUGUACCUUCACAAAUCGAUAUUGUACCACCUGAAACCAACACAUCAUCAGUUAAAAGAGAAUGGAUUGUUCAACUUUUAAUUCCAAAUAAUUUCAAAUCAGGAUUAUACAAUUUUUUUAUCAGCAAUCAUAACAAUCAAUUGAAAUCCAAAACUACCCAACUUGAAAUUAAACCAGAUAUCGGAGAAAUAUCUACACCACAAACCAAAGGUGAUACUCUUACUAUUCUUGGUGCUCUUUUUGGAAAUCCAAUAUCAAUUAAAUUCACAAACAGACCAGAUAUCAAAAAUACAUCGAAUCCAAUAUUGAUUGAUUCAUCAACUAUUAUUGUGAAUAUCUCUGCAGGAUCUGGUCAGAAUAUUGGUUUACAAUUGAAUGUUAAUGGUGUUAUUACUUCUAAAUCAUUCAGAUAUCAUCAACCUACAAUAAAAAGUGUAACACCAAUUACAACACUUGGAGGUGUAAUAACGAUUACUGGAUCGAAUUAUGAUAUUAAUAACACAACUGUAUCGAUAUCUAAUUCAAUAAGAUGUAGUAAUACCACGAUUGUAAAUGAUACAACAAUAUAUUGUCAUGUAAAAUUGAAUGAUACCGAUACUUUGAAUGUUGGAGAGAAUCUAAAUGUCACUAUUAAUGUCAAUACUCAGAUUGUUUACAGUUCAACAUUAAACAUUACAUCGAUUACUGGUGGAAAAGAAACAAAUAUUCUAUCGAUUGUACUUCCAAUAUCUAUUUUCACGUGUCUAUUUAUUUUGAUUACAAUCUCUAUCAUCACUGUAAAAUAUAUUAAGAAACAAAGACAAAGUAAAGCUAUCAAAAAAUUCAACAAUUAA